AUGGGGCUUGGGACCCAGCAACGGAAGCAACGGCGAUGGCGGCUGCAGUGGCAGCUGCAGCGGGAGCCGCACUGGGACAACAGUCAAGGAGGGCAGGCGGAAUCAGGAAGCCCACAGAACAAUCUGCCAGGCAGCGACCCCCUGUGCGGCAUGAACUGGACAGUCUGUGACACAGGAAGUGGUGCCAAUGGUGGCAGGGCGGGAGAGAGGGAGUGGGCCCCUCUGAAACAGGCCCCACCGUGCGCAGCUGCAGCUAGUCAAAGUGCUGCUACUGUUGUUAAUGCUGUUGUUCCUGCUAAUGUUGAUGAAAGUACUGCUACUGUUAUCAUUUUCUCAACCACUGUUUUUGUUCCUCCCCCUCCUCCUCCUCCUGCUCCUCCUCCUCCUCCUCUUCCUCCUGUUGCUGCUGCUAUUGUAUCUGCUGUCCCUGUUGGCUCUUCUGUUGCUGUGGCUUUUGCUGAUUCUACUGUUGCUUCUGUGUCAGGCACAACUGCUGCUGCUGUUUCUGCUUCUGUUUGUGCUGCUACUGUUGUUAAUGCUGUUGUUCCUGCUAAUGUUGAUGAAAGUACUGCUACUGUUAUCAUUUUCUCAACCACUGUUUUUGUUCCUCCCCCUCCUCCUCCUCCUGCUCCUCCUCCUCCUCCUCUUCCUCCUGUUGCUGCUGCUAUUGUAUCUGCUGUCCCUGUUGGCUCUUCUGUUGCUGUGGCUUUUGCUGAUUCUACUGUUGCUUCUGUGUCAGGCACAACUGCUGCUGCUGUUUCUGCUUCUGUUUGUAAUUGA